AUGUUUCGAUACUCACUUUUUUACUUGAUUCCUCUGCUUGGAAUCUUGCUAUCAACAACAGAUUCAUCUGCUCUAAGACCACUACAGUACGAUGAUGUUCCGACUCAGCAGCUAAAUUUAAAACAAGAUGUUUGUGAUUUGUGGUUGAAUGGUGAGCGUCAAUCCAAUGAACUUAAAAGACUCAUUUUUACUGGUGUGCGUCCAUUCGCAGCAACAAAUGCGGGCAAAUAUUCCAGAGCUAAAGUAUCAAAUUGGAACGAUUGUGUUAGUAAAUGUUGCGAAUUCCAACGAUGCAAUGUAGCGUAUUGGAUUCAAGAAACAUGUCUCCAUAUUGAAUGUUUAUCCGAUGAAAUGUGUAAACCUAUUAAAGACGACAAUGAUGAUACGGAUACUGUCUAUUUACAACUACGAUCUGUUGAUUCAACCGCUGCUUUACUUGAUUUUGAGGAUCCAGGUGUUGAUGAUUGUAAUGAAACAUUAUCAUGUCCAAAACAUGAAGAAUGCGAGAAAAUACAAAUUAAUGCUAAUCUUCAAAGAAAUGUAUGUUCAUGCAAGGAGAAGAAUUAUCGACUUAUCGAUGGUGUGUGCCGGCAGUAUCUUUCUCAUACUUCAUCAUGUCAUUUGUAUAUCAAUGCUGAAGAAUGUGAUGAAAACGAAGAAUGCGUCAGACCAAGUGAUCGUGCUAAACACGGCUAUUGUCAGUGUAAACUGGGUUUUAUUCGAACAGAUAGAGAUGCGUGCAUUCGAGAAGAACAAGAAUCAAGAUUAGUGAUAAAAACAACUAAGCCGUCUUCGACGUCUGUUCCUGCUGCUCAUUCUCAAUUUAUUGUGAACGCCGGUGACGAUGAAACAUUAACUUUUCCGGUACCUGACGAAAUUAUACUUCAUGGGCAUGUGUUAUUUCAGUUGAAUAAAAGUGAAAUAUCUUUUCAAGAUUUAUUAAAAGUGAAUAGAAAUUUUGUAUUAAAAUGGUCAUAUAUACCGUCACGAAAUGUACAACCUCCAGUGUUUGAUCAGAUUAAUGAAUUACUUAAAAUUAAACAUUUUACAGAUAGUGGCGUAUAUGAAUUUGAACUAAAACUAUUAGACAAUGAAUUAUCACAUCAACCUGUAGGAACAGAUACCGUCAAAAUAACUGUCUUAAGAGCUGCAACAACUACAUUAGCACCCUUCGCACUUUCUGUUCAUACACCCGAACUUGUUCAUUUACCUCAAAGUGCUGUAUAUCUAUAUGCGAACGUAUCAUCAAAUCGAAAAAUUAAAUAUGAAUGGAAAUAUAUGGAAGAUGGACCAACUACACCGAAGAUGCAGGGUACUGACAUGCCUCAGUUACUAUUACAUGACCUUCGUCCUGGUAAUUAUACAUUUCGAAUCCAUGUGCGUGAUGAUAUUAAUAAUGAACAAGCAAAAAUUAUUCAGAUGGUUGUGGAUGGCGAACCGAUCCGUGCAAAAGUCGGUAAUCGUAAACAAGUUGUAUUUUGGCCAACAAAGGAAACAAUACUGGAUGGUACAUUAAGUGUUUUGGAAUCAUUUAUACAAUGUACAUGGACGUUAAUUGACAAUAAUGGAAAGUCCAAUGUUAUUAACGACGAUAUUGUUAUUACUCAACCUCAAUCAUUGAAAACAUCUGUACAAAAUCUUCAUAUUGGACAUUAUAAAUUUCAAUUAAAACUUGUUACAAAUGAUAAAAAAUAUGUGUCAAGAGAUUAUGUUGAUGUUCUUGUUUACGCACAAAAUGGUCAACCACCGGAAAUUCAGUUACUAACUCAAACGAAUGUUAAUAUUUUAAAAAAUUUGAUUGUCAUCGAUGCAUCGAAAACAAGAGCAGAUUAUGGUAUUGCCAGUUGGAAAUGGACGAGAACACCAGAAAGUCCAGCAGGUGGAAGAUUUAUCAAUAAUUCCGAUUUAUCCCCAAUAGCUAUGUUAACACAAUUACAUGUUGGUCUGUAUACUUUUGUUUUAAAAGUCACGGAUGAUCGUUCUCAAGUAUCCUCACAAUCGGUAAAUAUUACUGUCGAACCAUUGAAUGAAGAUGGGAAAGAUUUAUUUGAAAUUCAAUUUCAAACAGAGAAUAAUGCUUUGUUUACUGAACAAAUGUUAAAUAAUUUACUUUUAAAUCUUCGAGUAUUUUUGACAGAUUUACAACCACAAUCAAAUAUAACGGUAAUAUCUAUCAGUGAUGAACAACUACUAUUAGUAGCAAGUGGGGACAAUGGAGUAGCAUUGAAACCACAGCGCGUCGUUGAACAUUUACGUCCAAAAUUAAAAUCAAUCAAUCAAUUAUUUAAAAAUAUUAAAAUUUCAGAUAUUGACAGCUAUUUGUGUCUUCAUGAUUGUUCAAGGCAUGGAGUGUGUGAUAAAAAGACGAAACAAUGCCGUUGUGAUAAAUAUUAUAUGGAAAACUGGUAUAAAAAACAAUUUCAACAUAUACCCAAUUGUGAUUUUCGUCUUCCUUAUGUGGUACUAUUCUCUAUGUCUGGUAUAAUAUUACUUUGGACAACAUGCUGGUUACUUCUCUGUUGUUGUUUACGGAUAAAACGACGACGAUAUUUAUUAGCAAAACGAAAACGAAUUAGAUAUCAAUUAUUAGAAGAAGAUGAUAAUACAGCACGCGAUUCAAAAUCGACAAAUGUUGUUAUAUCUGAAUCUGAUGAGAUAACCGAUCAAGAUGAAGAAACAUUAUAUGAUAAACCAUUACUGACUUCUAGUUCGAAUACUGCAGUUAGUUCAAAAGGAUUUUUAUCAAAAAAAGUUUCAUCAAAAUCUCCACUUUCAUUUCCCGUUCAAGAUAAUAAUGGAAGUCCAUUGGUUGUCGGUACAGUGUCAAACGAAGUGCCUGAACAGCCUGUUAUAUCACCUGUAUCGGGUUGUGUGUAUGAAAAACGUCUAAUUAUAAAAUAUAUUCAUGAACUGGGUACCGAUCCAAUGAAUGGACAACAACUGACCGAAAAUCAAUUGAUCGAUGUUAAAGUUACACCAAUUGGAAAACCAAGACCCCCAUCGGCUACGUCUAUUCCAGCUAUAUUAAAAAUGUUACAAGAUGAAUGGGAUGCUGUUAUGUUACAUAGUUUUACAUUACGUCAGCAACUUCAGACAGCAAGACAAGAACUUUCUCAUGUGAUGUAUCAACAUGACGCUGCUUGUCGAGUGAUAGCAAGACUAAACAAAGAAGUAACAGCAGCACGAGAAGCACUUGCCACAUUGAAACCACAAGCGGGUAUUACUGGUCAAAAUGUGAUACAACCGCAACAUGCAAAUGAUACCGUCGUUCCACCUUCUAAUGCGCUUUCAGUAGCACAUGCAGCAGGAGGAGAAACUGCUUCACAAACUGUUGCAGAAGGAAUGUCAGAUGAAAUUAUCGAAAAACUACAAACAAAAGCCACUGUCCUUACUCAACUUCGUAAACAACGUGGUAAAAAAGUUCCGGAUAGUUUAACAAGUGUGGAUGAUAUGAAAAACUUCCGUUGUGUAGCUACACACACCGGUUUGCAUAGUGCAAGUAAUCCUGGUAUAUUGGCACUUGAUGUUUAUCAGAAAGAUUCCAAUAUUAUUGUUACAGGUGGUAAUGAUCGUCAAGCUGUUGUAUUUAAUAAGGAAAGUGCACAAGUUGUUGCUACGCUCAAAGGUCACACGAAAAAAGUCACACAUGUUAUUCAUCACUCAGAUGAGGAAUAUGCCAUUACUGCUAGUCCUGAUUCGACAAUUCGUGUAUGGCAUAUACCUAGUGCUCAAUGCACUAAGUUAUUAAGAGUACACGAUAAUCCAAUAACCGGUUUAUCGUUACAUCCAACGGGUGAUUAUGUUUUGUCAAGUUCAAAUGAUACAUAUUGGGCAUUGUCUGAUAUUCGAACAGGAAAACUUCUUGUUAAAAUACAAGAUAGCACAUCACAAAGAGCUUUAACGUGUGCGCAGUUUCAUCCUGAUGGUAUUAUAUUUGGUAUUGGUACACAAGAUAGUGUAAUUAAAAUAUGGGAUUUAAAAGAAUGCAAUAAUGUAGCAGAUUUUCCGGGUCAUAGCGGAGCUAUUAGUGCAAUUGCAUUUUCAGAAAAUGGUUAUUAUUUGGCAACAGCAGCGGAUGAUUCUGUUAUUAAAUUAUGGGAUUUGAGAAAAUUGAAAAAUUUUAAAACAAUCACGUUAGAAGAUCGUUAUGAAGUUAAAGAUCUUGUAUUCGAUCAAAGUGGUGUUUAUCUUGGAGUAGCUGGCACGGAUGUUCGUGUCUAUCAAGUAAAACAAUGGGAUUUACUUAAAGUAUUUACUGAUCAUACAGCAUUAGCUACUGGCAUUCGUUUUGAAGAAUUGGCUAAUGUUAACCGUUUAAAACGUAUAUUUCGUGCUUAUUUUUGUGAUCAUGAAACAUGUGUAAAUAUGUCAGUAGAUGAUGUACAAGCACUUGUCAAUGAACGCGCACAUUCGUGUGCAAUGAAAUAUCGUCAAAAACUAAGACGUUUACAUUUAUCACAUACAGAUUAUCUCGUAACUGCAGAUGGUCGUUUGCUAGAUCAUUUAGAAGAUGUCGAAACAGAUGAAUACGAAAAAAUUUCGAAACGUUUGCAUUCGACAAGACGUAGUCUAAUGUCAUUUAAUCAAUCGAGACGUCCAAAGUCAGUUGAAUUAAAAUUAAAUGAGCGUGUUCGAUUAAUGAAAUCUGUAACAGCUGCUGCAGCUUCAGCAACAACAACAACGACAACAACAACAACAAAACAAUUCCAGAUUAAUAGAAUAACAACAAUGACAAGAACCAAACGAGCAAAAUCAUUUAGUGCAGAUAUUUUAGAAAUUCGAGAAAAUGAUCAAAAACAAAAGUUAAAUAAUGAUUUGUUCUCCGUAACAGUUGUGUAG